GAGGGUCCACGUUGUAUUCACUUUGUCAUCUCUCUAGCUUAUUUUGUUUUACUUUUAGAUAUUGUUCAUGAACACAUUAACAUGUAACUUUGGCUGGACUGAUCCAACUGGCCCAAUCGCAUCUAAGCCAUGAUUUUGAACUCGAGAUUAAAAAAUUGAGAUCGGGUUGGGUUUGGAUUGAGGUCCAAAGCGACAUCCGACUCCGACGCAAACGAGGGUUUGGAGCCAUGUGACUUUGCAGACCUAACAGUACACGUGGCUGCAGUUUGCACGGUCUCACCGUUCGUUGUUCAAACGUGUUGCGUCCUCGUCCAUCAUCCACGCCGUUCGCAUCCGUGUCAUACAUCUUCAACUCCUCAGCAUAACACGUGUGCCCGGCCGUCGCCAGGUGUCACCUAAAAGACCAGACCAACCGCCUUCAGGCGCCGUACGUGUCGGACCGCCGCCGCAUUCUUCCUCUCCCCCCUUCACCCUCGCUUCCAUAAAUCCCGUUCCGCGCGCAGAAGAAAAAAGAACAAUCGCGCUACCUUCCACGAAUCCUUUCGUAGAUGGCUUCCCAGCAAGACGUCAAGAAAGAAUCCUCCAUGGAAGAAGAGCACGCGGCGGAGAGAACAGGCAUGUCUCCAGAGGAGAUCGGCAGAUACCGAGCCACCGCCCAGCAGAACUCCGUCGAUGUCAUGAGGGCUGCGGAGGAGCGCUACGAGAAGGCCAAGCAUGCCGGCGCCUCCACCAUCCAUGACGCCAAGGAAACCGCCACCCAUGGCCUCGCUGCCACCACGACUUACCUGGCCGCCAAGGGUACCGAGGCGAAGGGCACCGUCGCGCAUGGGGCCCGAGUCGCUGCCGAGUAUGCUGCAGAGAAGGGAACUGCGGCCAAGGAUCAUGCUGCAGAGAAGGCCCAGCAGGGCUACCAUGCUGCCGUUCGGGGUGCCCGUGCCGCUGCCGAUGUCGCUGCAGAGAAGGCUUCCGCUGCGAAAGAUACUGCAAUGGAGAAGGGCGGUCGACAGGGGUGUGAUGCAGCGAAGGAUACUGCAGUCCAGGCUGCAGUGAAGGCCAAGGAUGUUGCUGCGAGUGCCGGUGGAAGUGCUGCGGAUUAUGGGAAGCAAGCCGCCGAGAAGGCCAGAGACGUGACGGUCAGCACCGGAAAGAGUGCAGCAGAUCAUGCGCAGCAGGCUGCAGCGAAGGCCAAAGACGUGGCAAUAGAAACUGGAAAGAGUGCUGGGGAUUAUGCGCAGCAGGCUGCAGCGAAGGCCAGAGAUGCAGCCGUGAGCACUGGUAAGAGUGCAGCAGACUAUGCCCAAAAGAAGGCGGGGGGAGCCAAGGAUGCAGCUGUUGGUGCAGGUCAGAAGGCUGGGCGCACAGGAGAGAGAACCAAGGAAUUAGCAGAGGAAGCGAAGGAGACGGCCGAGGAGUCUAGCGAGCGACCCAAAGAACAUGCUAACCAGAGAUCUACUGAAGCAAAGCGAAAGCUCGAGGAACAGACCCACAAGGCACAGGAGAAACUUUAGAAUCCCUCACUCAGGGGAGAGGAGGCGGCUGUCAUGAAAGAGGCUACCAAGAAACAAGGGAAGACGGAGCAUGAGCUGGAAGGAAAAGAAAGAUAAGGCAGAGGAAGCGGAAGAGGAAGAGGAAGAGUGCAGGCACUAUUGCUGCUGGUGACCUGUUUGAAGUUGGGUGCGGCCGGAAUCGAGCAGCCCAAUCUACCAAGGAACUGGUUAUGGGAAGAGAGGAAAUAGUGAAUAAAUAAAUACAAAUGCAUUAAGCAACAGGUAGUUUGAACUUUUCAGCUUUCCUUGUUGUAAACUUGGUGUCUUAUAAUGAUGUAAAAUAGAAUGGUGAUAAACAUAUAAAUAAAAUGGCUCUAGCAACAGC